AUGGCAGUCCUUGACACCCAAACCAGCAAGCUAUCUCCACUUAAUGAGGAGUUCGCAAAUUUAGUCCAACGCACACUAAAGAAAUGGAACAUCCAAGGGGCUGCUGUUGCUGUUGUUGAUGGGGAUGAGACUUGGUCCGAGGGAUAUGGAGUUGCUGCCUUUCCUGAUACGCCAGUUACCCCCGACACGUUGUUCUACACAGGUAGCACAGCAAAGUCCUUCACUGCCUCCGCAGCUUCACUAUUGGUCGAUGACAAUGAGAAAUAUCCUCAGAUCAAAUGGACCACCCCGCUCAGCGAGCUCAUCCGUGAUGACUUUGUCCUGCAAGAUGAUUACGCGACAACGCAUAUCACAUUGGAGGACGCGCUCUCCCAUCGAACUGGCCUGCCGGGACAUAUGCUGUCGCUCGGCCGCGAGGGCACAGUUCGUGAUGUGGUCCGCAGCUUGCGUCAUUUCCCAAUGGACAAAGAAAUCAGAACGACUUGGCAAUAUUCCAACGCAAUGUUUAUUACCGUGGCGCACAUGAUCGAAGUAGUCACUGGCGAAUGGUUGGGUGAUUUUCUUCGUAAGAAUAUUUGGACUCCACUGGAGAUGAACUCGACAUUUUUCUCACUCGAAGACGCCAGACGCCACGCCACUUUGAAAGGCACCACACUGGCCAAAGCAUAUGGCUGGAACAAGGAUAUUUCCGAGCCACUAGAGAUCCCAUAUUGCGAGGGAACUCUGAGUGGAGCAGGGGCCGUGAUUUCAACCGUUCGCGACUACGCUAUAUAUAUACGCUCGAUGAUUCGGCAAUCCGGUCCGCUGUCCAAGUCAGGGUACGAAGAGCUGUUGAAACCUCGUUCAUUUGUGCCUCAAUUGCUUCCUCAACUCACGCAACAGUCGUUGUAUACACUUGGUUUGAUAUCGAGCACAUAUCGAGGGGAAUCUAUUAUCCUGCACCCCGGUGGCUUGGAUGGUAUGACGGCAACAAUGAUUUUUUUCCCAAAGAAAGAUUGGGGAGUCGCUGUUUUUAGUAACGCGACGGGCCCAGGGCGUGAAUUCAUCGCGUGGAAUUUGAUCGAUGAUCUACUUAAUGUGCCAGAGGAAGAACGCAUCGACAUCUUUGAGCUGAAGCAGAAGAAACUCAUCAAAAUCGAAGAAAUGCGAGCCACAGCUAAAGAGAGGUUGUAUCCCUCGGCACCGUCACCUGGUCAACCGCACACAUUGCCCCUGCAACAAUAUACCGGCAGGUAUACCCAUCCUGCCUACCCAGACCUUAUAAUAAACACAAAGGGUGCCGAAAAUCCCGGGCUGCACGUUGUCCUGACAGGAAGCUUGAAUGUGAGCCUGAGUCUAGAGCAUGUAUCCGGUGAAUAUUUCUUGGCCGAAAUCUUUGAAUACAUGUCGGUCCCGGAGCCAUCGACUACUGUUAAAGCUGAAUUUCACAUCAGCGUUGCGGGCCAGGCAGACAAAUUUGGAUUCAUUGCUGAUUUCUCUGAUAUGCCCGAUACUAUGAUCUGGUUUGAUCGGGAUGAUUAG